AUGUCACAUGUCUCACAUUUCAGGGUAGGGAAAAAGCAGUCACUCAAAUCACCUGACUACUAUACCUCAGUUCAGAAGUGAUCCUGCAUUUUGCGGUCGCACGUGAAUAGACACAUCGCAUUAAGCUGUGCGGGUCACGUUACCACUGUCCAGUGCGAGUCUCACAAAAUUUUCACCGAAAAGCACUAGGCCAAAAAAAAGUAGUGAAAAACCUUUGACUUUUCCUUUGUCAUAUCAAUAAUAACUAUACAAAAUGGGUCGUGUUAGAACUAAGACUGUUAAGAGAGCCUCCAAGGUUUUGAUUGAACGUUUCUACCCAAAGUUGACUUUGGACUUCGAAACCAACAAGAGAUUGACUUCCGAAAUCGCCGUCAUCCAAUCCAAGAGAUUAAGAAAUAAGAUCGCUGGUUACACCACCCACUUGAUGAAGCGUAUUCAAAAGGGUCCAGUUAGAGGUAUCUCAUUCAAGUUGCAAGAAGAAGAAAGAGAAAGAAAAGAUCAAUACGUUCCAGAAGUCUCUGCUUUGGACUUGUCCCACACUAACGGUCAAUUAGAAGUUGACGCUGAAACCGCUGACUUGGUUCAAUCCUUGGGUUUCAAGAUCCCAGUCCAAACCGUCUCCAUCUCUUCCCAAAGAGGUCCAAGACGUUUCGCCAAGAGAAACUAAGUAUAUAGUUAAUCUAACAUUGUACUAAUUGUAUGUCGUAACAU